GGGGAAAAGGGAGAUCAAGGUCCAAGAGGCCCGGAAGGACCCCCUGGCAAAGGAGAUGUGGGCCAAAAGGGUGACCCAGGAGAAAAAGGAUCCCAAGGACUGAUUGGUUAUAAAGGAGCACAAGGCCCAGCUGGACCAAAAGGUGAACCGGGAGAGAGAGGGCCCCCUGGUGUCACUGGAUCAUCUAUUCAGGGACCUGCUGGACCAAAGGGGGAUCCAGGACCCAAGGGGCCACCAGGAGAUGAUGGACUUCCUGGAAAUUCAAUAAUGGGACCAACGGGUAACCGAGGACUACCUGGCCUACCUGGACCCCGUGGAGCAAAAGGUGAUGGCCACAAAGGUGAAGCUGGACCUCCAGGACCAGCAGGGCCCCCAGGACCAGCAGGCCCAAAAGGCGUGGGAGAUGCUGGACCAAAGGGAGACCGUGGAAUAAGAGGCUAUCCUGGGCCCCCAGGGCCACGGGGGAGCGGAAUGGUUGGUCCCAAGGGUAUUAUGGGACAGAAAGGUUUGCCUGGUCCACCUGGCCCCCCUGGUGACAGCAUACAAGGAAGCAAGGGAGAAAAAGGAAAUCAAGGUUUUCCUGGACUAAAGGGAUCAAUAGGAAUUGGCCUUCCUGGACCAAAGGGAGACUAUGGAGAUAAAGGUGAUCCAGGGAGCAAAGGUGCCAAAGGAGAAAUUGGAGACCCAGGACCUCCAGGACCAAAGGGAACUUGGGGGAAAAAAGGUGAACCCGGUCUUUCGAGAGAAGAAGUUAUCAGACUUAUCAGUGAAAUAUGUGGUUGUGGUAUCAGAUGUAGAGUAACACCACUGGAACUAGUAUUUGUCAUUGACAGUUCAGAAAGUGUUGGACCAGAUAACUUCAAUAUUAUAAAAACUUUUAUGAAAACAGUCAUUGACAAGAUAUCGGCCAACCACGCUACAACCCGCAUUGGCAUUAUCAACUUCAGCCAUCAAGUGGAGUUGGUGUCUUCUCUGAAGCAGUACACAACCAAAGAAUACCUGAAAACAGCUGUUGAUAAAAUGCCUUACUUAGGAGAAGGCACGUACACAGCUUCUGCUAUCCAAGAAGCCAUUCAGUUAUUUCAGGCAGCACGCCCGGCAGUAAGAAAAGUGGCUGUUGUCAUAACAGAUGGACAAGCAGACGCCCGUGAUAAAGUACAACUGGAUACUGUAGUAAGGGAGGCCCAUGCUACGAAUAUUGAGAUAUUUGUCAUUGGGAUUGUUCAAAGGGCUGAUCCUCAUUAUGAUGAUUUUCUGAAAGAAAUGCAGCUGAUUGCAACAGACCCUGAUGAAGAACAUGUCUACCAGAUAGAUGACUUCAUGACGCUUUCAGCUCUUGAAAGUAAACUGAUCACAAAAAUUUGUGAGAAUGUAUCUGAAGUCUACAGCAGAAAAAAUAACAUUUUCUCUCCAUCUCCAAGUCCGGAAUCUGAAAUUGCUAGUGAAGUUACUAAUAGCCCAUUUCCUAAAAUGACUACUUCAGAGAUUUAUAUGCUCCCUACAGAAGGAGUCGGUUACCCACUUAGUCCAUCACAGAACAGAUACAUCGAGCUGCUGCCAUCUGCUCAGGAUCACACUGCGACCACCUCUGCUGACAGAGAAACAAAAUUUCCCCCACUUUAUGAGAUAUCUGACAUCAGACCUCAGAGUCCAGUUACCAAUGCUUUGUUCAAUGUAACUGCUGCUGAAGAUAGCCACCUGACCGGGCUGCAGCCACAGGUAGCAACGACUCAAAAAGAUCCAAGGUGUUUGGAACCUCUGAAACCAGGGGAUUGUCGGAACUAUGUGGUGAAAUGGUAUUAUGACAAGAAUGGCAAUUCUUGUGGCCAGUUCUGGUACGGAGGUUGUAAUGGUACCAACAAUAGAUUUGAAACAGAAAAAGAAUGUCGAGAAACCUGCAUUGAUUGGUGA